CAGGACUGCGGUGUUUGGCGGGGAGCAGCAAGGCUCCGAGGCUUGCGUGGUAGCAUCGCUCAGCAGUGCUCAUCAAUGCUCAGCAGUGCCCUGAGUCGAUGCCGCUGUCGCAGAUGGACAGGUCGAGGCAUGUGUGGUUGGGAUGGCCGGCCCGGGUUCUGAGUUGAUGGGUCAGGCUGGACUCCAACACCACGGCGCUGGACAUGGACCCAUUUCAUAUCGCCCCUGAUCUUGCACGGCCUCGAUGGCGAUCUUGAUGUUCCCGCAGUGCCCACAGCUAACAGAUGCCGUGCUCCUCUCAGGUCAUCAACAAGACCGAGACCAAGAAAACAGCGCCAUCGCGAAUCAAGAGCAAGCAGCUCAAGGGCCGCAAGGCAUUUGGAGCGGGCAAGCGCAACAGCAACGCACCGAACGGCCGGAGGAGCCAAAGCCAUCGCGACAUCGAUCGGGACAGUGACGUGGAGGAAGAGCUUGAGGCAUACGAGUUUGGUAGCGGCGACGACGAGGACGGUGCGGAAGCCAUUCCCCUCGCUGAGCACAAGAGUCCCGAGCCUGAAUCGAUACCCAAGAAGCGCAAGCAGACCGACGAGCGGGUCAAGGACUUUCUCAGCCAGCUGUUUUCGUCCAAGAAAAAGAGGGCUGCUGCUGCUGCUGCUGCUGCUGCUGCUGUGGCGACGGAAGUGCUCGUCGAUGCCAAGCCCGUAUCGAAGAUGGCGCACAAGGACGCACCCAACUCGGACGAAGCUGAAGAUGACAACGAGGACGAUGAAGAUGAUGAGGACCAGGACGAUCGGGUCAUGCCAGACAGUGUUGAAGACGGCGAGCCGAGUGCGGUCUCCGAGCUGGGAGAUGAGAAGCAGCGCGAAAAGUCCAUCCUCGAGGCGAUUCUGUCGGGCGACCUGACCAAGCUCGGCAACGACGACGAUGACGACAACGACAAGCCCGAUCUGUCGGGCCUGAGCCAUCGGGAAAGAAAGAAGGCACGACGGGAAGCCGACGAUGUGAUUGUGCCCAAGGAAGCCCAGGAGCGCCUUGGAAAAUACGUUGCGAUCGAUUGUGAGAUGGUUGGCGUUGGCGAGGACGGAGUCCAGUCGGUUCUGGCUCGGAUCAGUAUGGUCAACUUCCACGGCCACUGCAUCUACGACAAGUACGUCAAGCCGCAGGAGCGGGUCACCGACUACCGCACGGCAGUCAGCGGCAUCACGCCCGAGCUACUCAAGACAGCCACGCCGUUCAAACAAGUACAGAAGGAAGUCUCGGAUCUCAUCAAGGAUCGCAUUGUCGUUGGUCAUGCCAUCGAGAACGACUUUAAGGUGCUGCUGCUCGACCAUCCCCGGAGACUCAUCCGAGACACAUCACAGUAUAAAAAGUUCCGCAAGAUGUUUGGGGGCCGGUCGCCGGCGCUGCGCAAGCUAGCCAAACAGCUGCUGGGGCUGGACAUUCAGGAGGGAGCGCACUCGUCUGUCGAGGAUGCGCGGGUGACGAUGCUGCUGUACAAGCUCGAGAAGGAUGCGUGGGAAAAGGAAGCGAUGCGCAAGUUUGGAUCUGGCAAAGACAAGAAAUAGAAACAUAGCGUGUAUGCGGGCUCAGCCGGCCGAUGAUUCGCGUUUGAUGGACUAUAUGUAUUGACGAGCAAAACAGAGACAAUUUGGGGCGGGGAUAUGCGGGUGUGGCCCGUGGCAUUCCGGGGAAGC